CCCUCCUCUCCCUUCUUCUCUUCUCUACACCGAUCACUCGCUGCUCCCCUCCCUCGCCGGAGCCCAGGGAUGGCGGCAGCAGCUCCUCCCGCCGCCGCGAUCGCGUGAUGGCAGCCGACGCCGCCGCUCUCCGCCGAUGGACGACGCUGGAAGGGCAUCCGCUCCCGCGGCGGUGACGGUCUCCGCCACCGCCGCACCCGCGCAUCCCCCGCCCUCCGCCACCGCCGCCUCCGCCGCCGACACGUCCUCCCCCGACCCCUCCGUGCUCUAUGGAGAGGGGAUGUGGGAACAGAUGGCCAUGAACAGCGGUGCCACAAUGCAACCUGGGCCAUAUCCUGAGCGACCGGGUGAACCGGACUGCACGUACUAUCUCAGGACUGGAUUGUGUAGAUUUGGCAUGAGCUGCAGGUUCAAUCACCCUCCGGAUAGGAAUCUGGCUAUUGCCUCUGCCAGAAUGAAGGGAGAAUAUCCUGAGAGAGUGGGACAACCAGAAUGUCAGUAUUAUCUGAAGACCGGAACAUGCAAGUUUGGCCCUACAUGCAAAUUUCACCAUCCCAGGGAAAAGGCUGGAAUUGCAGGAAGGGUGCAGCUAAACACAUUAGGAUAUCCACUCCGCCCGAACGAAAAGGAGUGUGCAUAUUAUUUAAAAACAGGACAGUGUAAAUAUGCGAAUACUUGUAAAUUCCACCAUCCAGAACUUUUCAAUGUGGUGCCUUCUUCACGUGGUUCUCCUAUUUAUCCUUCUGUACAUUCCUCUGCGAGCACUGGUCCUCAGUCCUAUACUGGAACUAUGGCAAGCUGGGCUUUUCCACGCGCUUCUUUUAUCCCAAGCCCUAGAUGGCAAAAUCCUUCAAAUUAUGCACCAAUGAUUGUACCUCAGGGUCUUGUUCAAGUGCCAAGCUGGAAUUCGUAUCCUGGUCAACUGCAGUCACCAGGGUCUCAACAAACCUAUGGAACCUCUCAACAAGGUGAAGCUAGUGCAGGAAACCAGGGAAUGUUAUCACCCUACAGAUCCAGUUCAUUUCCUGUGCCUCAAUAUGCGUUGCAGAGAGAGAAUGUAUUUCCUGAGAGACCUGAUCAACCAGAAUGCCAAUAUUACAUGAAGACAGGAGAUUGUAAAUUCGGUGCAGUGUGCAAGUUCCAUCAUCCCCGGGUGAGAUCACUGCCGCCUCCAGAUUGUGUCUUAAGUCCAAUGGGUCUUCCAAUACGUCCUGGUGAAGAACUGUGCAAAUUCUAUUCGCGUUACGGCAUCUGUAAGUUCGGGGCCAACUGUAAGUUUGAUCAUCCAAUGGCUACUCCAAUGGGAGUCUACGCUUACGGUUUCUCAGCCUCAGCUUCUCCUGCAUCCGCAUCAACUAAUGUACCUAUGGCUCGACGCCUUCUGGGAUCCCCAUCUGGUUCUGGAUACACAUCCUAGAUGACGCUUGUUUUCAGUUGACCUACUUUGAUGUAUAAAAUCCACCGCGCUGUCUCAGGCGCUGUGAAUGUUUCUCCUAACUCCCUGCCGGAAUCAAGUUCUGUAAAUUGAGUUGCUACCGGAGAUGUACAGCCCUUUUUUAUGUGUUAAUCCAGAUCUUUUGGGAGUAUCUAUUGCAAUCUGAAUAAUCUUUAAA